CAUCCAUCAUCCAACUCACAGCAAUUCUGGCAGCCAGGUCUACAGCCCAGCACCUCACAAGACAUUAAGCCAUUCGCACAACCCCCCUACCCCGCCGGCAAGCCAUCGACAGCCGUGUCUGGUGACAUCGAAGCAGGACUUCCGCCAGCACAACUGCCGUGGGAGGGUAGAGCGAUAGCGACGCACAAAUUCCGUUUGCUGGAAUUCUCGGCAUUCAUGGAAAUACAAAGAGAGGAUAUCUAUCACCGGCACUUGUUCGUACAACUCGGUGGCAAACCGUCCUUUUCCGAUCCGCUACUCGAGACUGUUGACAUCCGACAGAUCUCCGAUAAGUUCCCUGAGAAAUCAGGCGGUCUUAAAGAUCUCUACGAAAAAGGUCCACAAAAUGCCUUCUAUCUGGUUAAAUGUUGGGCAGACUUGAAUACCGAAAUAACCGGCAGCGAGACGGGAGAUUUCUAUGGCGUUACGAGUCAAUAUGAGAGUAACGAAAAUGUUGUGCUCGUGUGUUCGACAAAAGUCUGCUCGUUUGGCAAACAGGUCGUCGAGAAAGUGGAAACAGAAUACUCACGCUUGGAGAAUGGUCGCUUCGUAUAUCGCAUACAUCGGUCGCCGAUGUGCGAAUAUAUGAUAAAUUUCAUACAGAAAUUGAAGAACCUGCCUGAGCGAUAUAUGAUGAACAGUGUCCUGGAGAACUUCACAAUACUGCAGGUGAUGCAAGCGCGAGACACACAAGAGACCCUUCUCUGCAUAGCGUACGUGUUCGAGGUGGCGGCACAGAAUAGCGGCGCUACGCACCACAUUUAUCGGUUGAUAAAGGAAUAGCAUGAACUGCAACUGCCCAAUCUAUCCACACACAAUGAAUUCAACAGUAGAAGCAGCGGCGGCGGCGGCGGCGGCCUCGGUGGCAGUGGCAGUGUAGGAGGAAGCGUAGGAGGCGUUAGCAAGUGUGGUGAUAGUGACCGCCAUGGCAGUAGCUCCCUGG